AUGAUGGCACCACAAGGUUUGGGACAAGUGGUGUCUUGGUACAUUUGUACAUUCUUCGCAAUCGCCUUUCUCGUCGCGAGACUGGUGGUGAAGUGGUUGAGGUUCAAAGCUUUCUCACUCGAUGAUUGGUUCAUGGUGCUGGCAGGAGGAUGUCUCUUGACAGAUCUCAUCAUACCGCAGCACAUGUGGAAUCUAGGAAUGGCAGCUCUGCAGAAGGCAAGUCGAGAUGAGUUUGUCGGUAUCAUGCAGAUGAUUAUCCCUGGCUCAAUAGCUUACGUCACAUCACUGUGGGCUAUCAAAGUUGCACUGGUCAUUUUCUACAAGAAAAUCGCAGCACGGACGAGGUUGCAAGCAGUUUACAAUGUGAUUCUUGUUGUCCUGGGAGUCACAUGGGCUGUGAUUUUCUUUGACAUCAUUUUUCAAUGUUAUCCAAUAGAGAGGAAAUGGACAACGGACCCAAACAUGCUCUCAGAAGGCGUCCGCAAUCAACUACUGGAUAACUAUCCUCAGUUCGUUUACCUCCCCCCAUCUGAAAGUCCACCAGCUAAUGCAUUCUUAGUAAACAUUUUCCUUGAUGUCGUCAUCAUCGCGCUCCCAAUGUCGAUGAUCGUGAAGCUGCAAAUGCCACUGAAGCAAAAGCUUGGCGUGGGAGCUAUGUUUGCGCUCGGUAUCUUCGUCGUUAUUGCUAGCAUCAUCCGCGCAUACUACUCUAGCAAGAACGAGACAAUGUUGACUUGUACUGUGUCGAUGGUGGAGACCUCUGUUGCCAUUAUUGCCACUUGCCUACCAGCACUCCGUACCGUCCUCAUCGGUCAAGCAUCCCGUGCCGGUACGGCUUCCGGUCCUCACUACGAACUCGGCUCCUCCAAACGUACGCGUGUGCGAGCAAGUGUAGCGGCAACCCUUCGCCACGAUAACUACCUCAACACUGGACACAACAACAAUAAAACCAUCAAUGACUCCGAAGACGACCUUGUGAGGGACAUUGAGAAAAACCCGCGCGCAAGUUAUUUGAGCGACGAGGCUCCUCCAAUGCCGACCUCUCCCAUCUCUCCCAUGAUGUUGACUAGGGAAUUCAUGAUUGAUGCCGAAACCGGGAACAUGACUAUCGUCAAAUUCUAGGUCGCGAUGACAGGCAUGCGGAAGACUUAUUACCACACAUUCAUUUGGAUUUUGCGACGAGUAACGAACUUUGUACAGCUAAUUUGAAGGGGAGAGAAAAAUUUCGUUUCUGAUGAUAAGGGAGAUAUUACGAUAGUAACUACUUAAUCUAAACA